AUGGCCCGUUUCCUGUGGCCGGAGCCGCUGUCCAGCGCGCAGCUCAAACAUCUGGAGGGGCACAAGUACACCGCCUUGGGUCGCACCUUGCUGGACCCGCUGUGCCAGCUCUACUGGAACUGGCUCAUCCGGCAAAUUCCGAUGUGGUUCCCCCCGAAUGCGCUCUCUAUCGCCGGCCUGCUGGUCAACGUGGUCUACACGCUCGUGCUGGUGUUUUAUUGCCCGACGGCCACCGAGGAGGCUCCGGCAUGGGCCUUCAUCCUCAGCGCUUUGGGCUUGUUUGCGUACCAGACUCUGGACGCCCUCGACGGCAAGCAAGAGCGCAGGACCAACAGCAAUUCGGCCAUCGGCGAGUUCUUUGACCACGGCUGCGACGCCGUCUCCACGGUUUUUGUGGCGGUGGGAACAUGCAUCUCCUGCGGAAUCGGCAGAUACCCCAACUGGAUAUUCUUUUGUGGCUUCAUCGGGAUGUUCAUGUUCUUCUGCACCCACUGGCAGACGUACGUGUCCGGGCACAUCCAAUUUGGCCUGUUUGACGUCACAGAGGCGCAGUUUGCCAUCAUCACCAUGUACCUGAUGUCCGCCGUUGGGGGGGUGAGCCUUUGGCAAACCACGCUGCCCAUCAUCGGAUUGAAGCUGUACACCUUCCCCAUCGUGGGCAUCAUCUGCGGGGGCCUCUACUCCUGCCACAAAAACUUCUACAUCAUUCUCAACGGGGGCGUCGGUAAAAACGGCUCCACCGUGGCGGACACCAGCGUGCUGAGUCCCGGGUUGCACAUCGGCCUCAUCCUCACGCUGGCCUUCAUCAUCUUCAAGAAGUCGUCCAGCCAGCUCUUUGAGCACCACCCCUGCCUCUACCUGCUCGCCUUCGGCAUGGUCAUCGCCAAGCUCUCCAACAAGCUGGUGGUGGCGCAGAUGACCAAAAGUGAGUUUCACCUCCCAGACACGGCGUUCGUCGGCCCGGGUCUGCUCUUCCUCAACCAGUACUUCAACAGCUUUGUUGACGAGUACAUCGUCCUCUGGAUCGCCUUGGUGCUCUCCCUGGUGGACUUGACGCGCUACUGCGUGGGCGUGUGCCACCAGAUCGCCGGCCACCUGCGCAUCCGCGUCUUCAGCAUCACGCCGCCCGGCGCCGCCCACCGCGACUGA